CUGAGCAAAUACAGUUGAAUGAUCAGUAGCCACAGAGAAGUUGUCCUUUUGGGUUCCUACUGACAUCUCUCGUCAUGACUCAGUCCCUGUUCCUGGCCCAGGUCAGAUCCUGGAUCCGAAUUCGCAGCCUCCUAGUCCGACAGUGUUUGGCUGAAUUUCUGGGUGUCUUUGUGCUUAUGCUCAUCACACAGGGGGCAGUGGCUCAGGCUGUUACCAGUGAGGAAAGCAAGGGCAACUUCUUCACCAUGUUCCUGGCAGGCUCCCUGGCUGUAAUGGUGGCCAUCUAUGUGGGAGGCAAUGUCUCAGGAGCCCACCUGAAUCCUGCCUUCUCCUUGUCCAUGUGUCUCAUUGGUCGCCUACCUUGGGCCAAACUUCCCAUCUACUCACUAGUACAACUGCUUUCUGCCUUCUCUGCCUCAGGAGCAACUUAUGUCCUCUACUAUGAUGCUCUGAAGAACUAUACUGGUGGGAACUUGACAGUGACUGGUCCCAAAGAGACAGCCUCUAUCUUUGCCACCUACCCAGCCCCUUAUCUGUCCCUGGAAAAUGGCUUCUUUGACCAGGUUUUAGGCACCGCUAUACUGAUAGUGGGCAUCUUUGCCAUCACAGACACCAAGAAUAAGGGGGUGCCUGCAGGACUAGAACCUGUGGCAGUUGGAUUGCUGAUUCUGGCCAUUGGUCUCUCCAUGGGCACCAAUUGUGGAUACCCACUCAACCCUGCUCGAGACCUUGGACCUCGGCUCUUCACCUAUGUGGCUGGCUGGGGACCUGAGGUCUUUAGUGCUGGCAAUGGCUGGUGGUGGGUGCCUGUGGUGGCUCCCAUGGUGGGCGCUGUGUUGGGCACUGCCACAUACCAAUUGUUGGUGGGUCUGCAUCAUCCUGAGGAUCUGGAGCCUGCCCAGGAGAAAGUCUCUGAACCGAGGCCCCCAUCUUACCUCAGAUCUUUAGAGAGCAAACUGUGAUGUCCUUCCUUCUUCCAACUCUACCAGACAUUUAAAAAGCAAAACAAAACUAUUUUUGAUAGCAUGCGUAAUAAAUACUUCUACAUCCAAACACUAAAAGCAACUAAAACUAUUUAACUUGAUAAUCUUUUCUGAUAUUUAUAAUUUUACAAAUUCAAUUUGGUUAUAUUGGACUGGCCUACUUGCUGUUUAUCACAUAGAAUACUCAUCUCCCAUCUCUUAAUCUUUGCACUAACUGCGCCUUAUGCCUUCCUUGUCACCACAUCUUGGAAUCUUUGGUUUCAUUUAAAAUUCAGCUCAUGUAUAUUUUGUACAUUUUUUGUAUAUACUUAUAUAUGUAAAUGCUGUCUUCUGUGAUAGAAUGUAAGCUUUUUGAGAGCAGAGAUUGUUAGUAAAGUGCCUAGUACACAGAAGGCACUUAAUAAAUACUUGUUGAUUUAUUGGACUAGAUGACAUAGGGGGUCCUCUUUCAGCUCUGUGAUUCUGUGGUUUUGUGAAAUAUUAUCAAUAAUAAUAAUUUUAAAAAUCCUUGCCUUCUGUCUUAAUACCAAUUCUAAGAGAGAAAGCAAGGAUUUUAAAAAUUAUUAUUAUUCUAAGACAGAAGAGUGGCAAGGGACUGGCAAUUCGAGUUAAGUGAUUUGCCCAGGGUCACAGAGGUAAGAAGUGCCUGAGACUAAAUUUGAACUCAGGACUUUCCAUCUCUGGGCCUAGCUCUCAAUCUAAAGAGCCAUCUAGCUUCCCCCUAACCCCCCUGGAUGUCUUUCUUUCUUUUUAAACUCUUACCUUCCA